GCUUUCUCUCACUUUGCGUCUGUCGUGCUGCUGCCAACUCGUUGGACCCGUCGCCUUUUCUUAUUUUCUCUCGGCUCGGGUGACACAAGUUUGCCCUCCUCUCCUGCCGCUCGUUACCAUCUCUUAAUUAGUUGCAAUUUAUGGAGAAAGUAGUUUGGGCGCUUUCCCCGGAGAUGGCAUACAUGUCGAUUCCGAUUAAGGAGAGGGGGGGGGGGAGAUUAGAGAAUUAUGAUUGCGUCAAACCAACCCGAUGACUUCCCUUGUGGCAAUCGGAUCCAGACGCCAAGUGGAAAUACCCGUUCCGCAAAACUAGGCUAAGUUUCAGUCUUUUUUUACUUCGAAGAAAGUUUAAACGCGCGUUUGAAUCUGUUAUAUACUUAUAUUCUAUUGAGAAAAACUGGUUCGGCGGCUCUAUCCCAUUUUCAUGGUAACAUUUACUUUUGCUUGUUUGUUUUUUGCUGCUGUACCGCCUCGUUAUUUUAUUUGUUGUUAUUGCUCAAAACACGCGUUACAUAUUUCUUACGGCGCUUGAAAUAAAAGACUAUAUAGUGCGGGCUGAUUUAACCACCGAUGUUUGAAUAUUUUCUUUUCAAAAAUUUUCCCAAGGCUAACAGGCCAAGUUUUUUUCUUUUUUUUUUUUUGCCAAAUGCUCUGAAAUUGUUUUCUUUAUCUAUUUUUAUAUUUUUCUGUUUGGUUGCGAGGGAAAGGGCGAGGGGGCAUGAAAUGGUAAUAAGGUUAAGUGUAUGCAGCAUUUCAAGGUGUCCCUAUAUACCGAAUAUCUUUUCCAAUAACACGACCUCUAACACUCGUUAACACCUAGUUCGCAUUGAAAACCAGUAGGGAGAAAAAAAAUCCUAGAAAUCACGCAAUGAAACUACCGCCUUGACUACCGCGCUCAGUUUCCAUGAAUUGUUAGCACAGACACUAGCUGUUUGUUAUUAAAAUUUGAGAUUGCGAUCAAGGCCAAUAAAUGACUGGUAAAAAUCUGUCGCUAAGUCGUGUCCAAAACAAUCCGAUGAAGCUUCUCCACAAACAAGUCCAGGAAACGCCGCCCAUCGUCGUCAUCUGGUUUUCAAGUGGACUAUAUUCAAAUCCAACAAGUGAAUGGUUUGAACCCGUUGGCGACGAAGUGUUUUCCUUCUUUUUCCCGACUGAUUCACGAUCCGGUUGAGGCCCGAAAUGUAUAAAAGACGCCGACCCGUUCGUGGUUUCCCCAGUCAUUCGACGCACCACCCAACAAGAUGUAUUAUCUCAGGUAUUUUCUGAGUUUGGCCGUCGUGCUCCAGCUUGCAAUCACGGCUCCUACACCAACAAAUUUCCUGCAGCCCUUCGAGACUUAUUUCAGCAGCCUCCCUCCGGUACAGCGGAGUAUUACCAGCGAAAAUUUACGCUCGGCCACUGGCAAUUCCGAUGUCAAUAAAGUUCGCAGCAUCCAAAAUCGCGGCGGUCCCUUCAACAAGAAUCGCAACUACUUUGAAGAUUUCAAAAUUCCCGACGACUUUGGAAAUAAUUUCCCUGAAUACUCGGAAACCCCUCAAAGUGGCAAGGGAAGUGGCGACUCUAAAACUUCCCAGGGUGAAAGGGUUCACCAGAAAAACGAAUAUUACAGCUACUCUUUUAGCACCCCCGUAGAAGACGUCUCCGGAGAUGAUGUUAUUGCGGUAGUUAAUGUCAAACACUCACCGAAAGUUUAUUUCUACCAGGUUGCCGAAGCCGGUCCCCGUCAUCUCAAAGUAAUGUAUUUCACUGGAUUCCCGACGAACAGACAGCGUGGAACGAGAACUUCUGCAAAAACGAACUAAAUUAGCAUUUUCUUAUGUUAUUCUUGUUAUUAUACCCGAGUGAACCAAGAUGUUGACAUUCUUGGCAUUCUUCACUUAACUGUUCCUCAUACAUGUCCCUCCAAUCCAUUUUGUUGAAUACAUUUGUCUAUUCGUCGAUGAAA